AUGACUUGCGGAGAUGACUCAUUGCCCGAUGUCGUCCAAGUUCUGUUGAGGUUCAGACAGGGCGAUAUCGCGAUCGUCUCGGACAUAGAGAACGCUUCCCUGCAGUACGGGAUUCAUUCGGACCGCAGAACUUUCCCGCGCUUCUUCUGGCCCCUAGGCAUCAGCAGAGACCCGCAGGCGCUCAUCCGAGAGUUUUGGAGCCCAGUCCUAGAUUUCGGGAUAAUUUCGAGCCCAUUCAUACACUGUGCGGGCAUCAAACAUCAUAUCGGCCAGCUCGCCGAGCAAUAUCCCGAAAGAUCCACUCUUUUACAAGACAUCGACCGGAACUUUUAUAUGGAUGAUCUAGUGGCGUCUGCGAAUUUGGUGUCGGGAGUACGUGAGAUAUCCGAAUUCAUGUUCGACGCAUUCAGUGCGGGCGGGAUCAAGCUCCGUCGGUGGGCGACGAAUGACUCAGCGUUGGCAUCGGAGUUGCGGAAAAUGGAAAAAGACCCGGAUAUCCAAAUAGUGAGCGAUCAACCCGAUUCCAAGUUUCUUGGGCUCAGCUGGAAUCAGCCAUCGGGCAGUCUGUGUAUCGGUGUCCAGUCGGCGUUGGAGACUCUCGGUUCUAAUCCGCCAUCAAAGCGCACUCUGCUGGGGGGAACGGCACAGAUUUUCGAUCCACUCGGCUUUAUUUCACCAGUCACCAUUAAGGCGAAGGCCUUAUUGCAAUCACUGUGGCGUCAGAAAGUUAGUAGGGACGAUUUACUCGUUGAGGAAAAUUUAGAAUCAUUCAAGAACUUCGCCGACACGCUCGGAGAAGCGCGUGGAGUGUUUGUAAACAGGAACCUCCUCGCAUCCCAGCCGGUAGCCAAGAAGAGAGAGCUGCGCGCGUUCUGCGACGCCUCGAUGGAAGCGUUCGGCACAGUUGUCUACAUUCGAGAGCUCCUUGACACAGGUGGCGCUGAGGUACAUUUCGUAGCAUCGAAGGCCAGAGUGGCUCCUCUGGAGUCAGAGUUUUCGAUCCCCCGCUUGGAACUUGUCUGA